UUGACUGAGAAGAGACCACUGGGCGCGAUUGGAUCAUAAUUUUUCAGAGAGAGAGAGAAGAAAAAAUGGCGGCGACGGGGCAAGUCGCCGGAGGCCUGACGGCAUACGAUCGCCAAGUUUUGACUGCAGUCAAUGCCGGAGCGGCCAGCCUCUCCUUCGUCGGCUCCGGCUUCAUCGUCCUCUGCUACGUCCUCUUCAAAGAGCUCCGCAAGUUCUCCUUCAAGCUCGUCUUCUACCUCGCUCUCUCUGACAUGCUUUGUAGCUUCUUCAGCAUGGUUGGGGAUCCAUCGAGAGGGUUUUUUUGUUACUCGCAUGGCUACAGCACUCAUUUCUUCUGUGUUGCGUCGUUCUUGUGGACUACGACGAUUGCUUUUACUCUCCACCGUACGGUUGUUAAGCACAAAACUGAUGUGGAAGAUUUGGAGGCGAUGUUUCAUUUGUAUGUUUGGGGGACAUCACUAGUUGUGACGGUUGUGCGAUCUAUUGGGAAUAACCAUAGCCACCUAGGUACAUGGUGUUGGGCACAGACUGGGUUUACAGGAAAGGCUCUUCACUUUAUAACCUUUUAUAUGCCACUCUGGGGUGCAAUUCUUUACAAUGGUUUUACAUACUUUCAAGUCAUACGAAUGCUGAACAAUGCAAGGCGUAUGGCAGGCAGCAUAUCCGACCGCCCUUACCAAUCAGAUGGCAGAGCAGAAACAAAGGCUUUGAACAGGUGGGGGUACUAUCCGCUCAUCCUGAUAGGAUCAUGGGCUUUUGGCACCAUCAACCGCAUUCAUGACUUCAUUGAACCGGAUCAUAAAAUAUUUUGGCUCUCGGUUCUUGAUGUUGGGACAUCUGGACUCAUGGGACUCUUCAAUUCAAUAGCCUAUGGCUUGAAUUCCUCAGUUCGACGGGCAAUACAAGAAAGAUUAGACCUGUUCUGGCCAGACAGGCUUCGAAGAUGGUUCCCCAACAGUUCAAGGCUUAGGAACCAACACGAAGAGAGUGAGCUAGUAUCACUAAAGAUUCAAGAUCAGCACUAGCUUCCUUUUCGACUGUCUUGCCAAUUCUUUCAUCCUUUCCUCACCAAGUUUGACCGGUGAUGGGAUCCAGAAACAAAAAGGAACAAACCCGCAUCAGUACAUCGAAAGCCCAUUACUCACAUGAGUCACAUCUCUCUUUGCCAAGGGCCAUAUUUAUAUUUGUUCCGUAACGAGUUUGAUUUGAAGCAUUGUGUUAGAUGUAGCCAUAGAUGAGUUGUGUCGUUUCAGGUAGAAUAUUGUGUUGUAGUCUUGUAGAAGUUGUGAUUAUGCAUUAGAUGGUUAAUCCCAGUAACAACAGGAAACUGUACACUUUUAGUUGUAGAGUGAAACAAGAGCUCUUUGAUCAGAAAUCUAUUAUUCUAAUUUGUGAUU